UUUAGGGUCCACUCGCUCAACCGCCCUCAAGACGUGAUGCGUCAAAGGGGAAAGCUCCGAUGCUUUCUCCACAAGGCCGUGGUGCACGGGAAGAUGACUUGUUCACGGAAGAGAAGAUGGCGUUGAUCCCUAAUUCGCUAAAAUGGAUGAUUCAUGAAUUCCUGAGGCUCAAAGAUAAACGUGAUAUAAUCACAAUUCAUGUCCCCCGAGGAUUCAUUGCACCGCGUACCCAGAUCACGUUAUCUGGAGAGGAUUUGCAGCAGGUUGCUACGUGUGACUACAUCGGCAACCAGGGAAUGCUGUUUGGAAUGAUGCACAUAUGGGAGAGCAUCAACGGUCUAAGAAAAAUUUUCAAGUUUUACGACCCAGAGCUUCUCAUAGUGCAUGGGAUCAACGAUGAAGAAAAGAGUCAGUCUUUUGACGAUGCGGCAAGACGAUUGGCUAAUUGGUUAUCAUUAAUGAACAACAACCACCAAAUGUUCUUUAUUCCUUGGAAUAUCGGGAUGCAUUGGACGCUAGUGGUGGUUACGCCAAGGAAAAUUAUCCAUUUAAACCCUAUAAGUGGCCGCCCAAUUCCCGAAGUAAUAGAACAAAUGAUCGGAAGGUAAUAAUUUAAUGACUUCUUAUGUAACGAAUUUAAAUUAACUAACGAAUUGAAAUGCUAAUAUAAUUUUCCCAAACAGGGCAUUCAUGUAUAUAGGGAACGCACAUGAGUAUCUUGGCUCGUGGCAAGGAAUUAACCAAGCAAACUGUCCAAAACAACCUAAAAGCCAAGAAUGCGGUUUUUAUGUUUUGAAAUAUAUCACCGACA